UCCUCCCACUUUCCACCACAAUUAUAUUGCAUCUCUCUCUCUCUCUCUCUCUCUCUCUCUCUCUCUCUCUCAUGCCUUGCCUAUAAAUAUUUCAACAUUUUGGGUUUUGUCUUCUCAUUCAGUUUGGCCAACACAUUACCCACAACAGAGGACAGGACUAAUAAUAAUAGUAGUAGUAGUGUGGAGUUCAGUUGUAACAAUGGUAGAUACAACACUCAGUCUUGACCUUAACACUGAAAAGCCUCAGCCCAACUUUGAUCAAGCCACUCAGGUGAAUGGUUUGGUUGAACAGCUAAAAAGGAAGAGUAGUGAGAACAAGAAACUAACCGAAAUGCUAAUCUUCAUGCACGAAAGCCACAACGCAUUGAAAAACCACUUAACAAGUUUGAAUUUGAUGCAAAAUGAAUCCCAAAAUGAAGUUUCCAAAUCAAAGAAGAGAAAGAUGGAUGGUGAAAACAAGUCUGAAAGUAAUAAUGGAAACACUGAGAGCAGCUCAUAUAACAGUGAUGGAAGGCCCAAGGAAAUAAAGAUCACUAAUGUUUCCAAAAUUUAUGUACGGACUCAUCCAUCUGAUACAAGCCUUAUAGUAAAGGAUGGAUAUCAGUGGAGAAAAUAUGGACAAAAAGUCACUAGAGAUAACCCAUCACCCAGAGCUUACUACAAGUGCUCCUUUGCCCCAAGCUGUCCAGUGAAAAAGAAGGUGCAAAGGAGUAUUGAAGACCCUUCUCUGUUAGUAGCUGCUUAUGAAGGAGAUCACAACCACCUCAACCCUUCUCAAGCCGAGGCGAAAUCCAUCCCAAUCUCCACCACCCUGUCUUCAAGCCCAAGCUCUGCCAUAACAACACUUGAUGAUUCUCCGCAACCACAACCUCAAUUGAAUUUGUGUAGCAAUGCCAACAAGUCCAAUAUUCUGGGACUAGGAAUUGAUGUGCCAUCAUCGGCAUUUCAACAGUUUGUGGUUGAACAAAUGGCUAAUUCCUUAACCAGAAAUUCCAGUUUCACUGCAGCGCUCGCAGCUGCCAUUUCAACCCGGAUUCUAAACCAUGAUGAUCCGAUAGAAAGUUGGGAAAAUGAUAUCUGAUAUUUUUAUAUAUUUUCUGUUUUUAAAUUUUGAUUUUAUGAUAGAGUGUUUGGAGAUAUGGAGAUCAGACGUACUGCUAGAAUAUCAUGAUGUGAACAGAUUUUUGCCACCUAAUAAAAGGAUUAUAUAAGCUUAUUUAAUAGCUAUUGUUCAUUGAUUUAUAUAUGAAUGAACCAUGCCAUAUUUAAUUUUCA